ACUACCCUACCCUAAACAACAACAACCCUUGUUACUUUGUAGAGUUAGAGCGGUGAAGACCCUAUAUGAUAUUGUUGAUUUUGAGUACUCCCUACCCUGGUUAACUUGUAGAAUGUCUGUGGUUGAAGACCCUAUAUGAAAUUGUUGUACUCCCUACCCUUGUUCCUUGUAGAAUGUAUGUGGUAAAGACCUUAUAUAAUAUUGUUGAUUUUGAGUAGUCCGUCCCUAACCUUGUUACCUUGUAGAAUGUAUUUGGUGAAGACCUUAUAUGAUAUUGUUGAUUUUGAGUACUCCCUAUCCUUGUCACCUUUUAGAAUGUAUGUGGUGAAGACCCCAUAUAAUAUUGUUGAUUUUGAGUACUCCCUACCCUGGUUACCUCCUAGAAUAUAUGUGUUGAAGACCCUUUAUAAUAUUGUUGAUUUUGAGUAGUCCCUACCCUGGUUACCUUGUAGAAUGUAUUUGGUGAAGACCCUACAUGAUAUUGUUGAUUUUGAGUACUCCCUAUCCUUGUCACCUUUUAGAAUGUAUGUAGUGAAGACCCCAUAUAAUAUUGUUGAUUUUGAGUACUCCCUACCCUGGUUACCUUGUAGAAUAUAUGUGUUGAAGACCCUAUAUAAUAUUGUUGAUUUUGAGUACUCCCUAUCCUUGUUACCUUGUAGAAUGUAAGUGGUGAAGACCCUAAAUGAUAUUGUUGUUUUGAGUACUCCCUACCCUUGUUACCUUGUAGAAUGUAUGUGGUGAAGGCCCUAUAUAAUAGUGUUAUUUUGAGUCGCGUAUCCAACCUUGCGCUGUUGUCGAUAAGUUAUUGAUACCAUUAAUUACUAUCAUAUAUAUUCACUGUUUUUGCUUAAUCAACGUGUAUGACAUGGGGUCUUUUGCACUUUAUAUAGCGAUGUUGACUAAAUUGUUGAUAGGUUACAUGUACAUAGUUUUCAGUUAUACUAUUUACUACAAUGUCGUCUAUACCCUUAUCACAAUGUUGAUACUAAGUCGUUUAUACUAUUUUCACAAUGUUAACACUGAGUCGUUUAUACCCUUAUCACAGUGUUAUCACUGAGUCGUUUAUACCAUAAUUACAAAGUUAACACUGAGUCGUUUAUACUCAUAUCCCAAUGAUAACACCGAGUUGUCUAUACCCUUAUCACAAUGUUGAUACUAAGUCGUUAAUACUCUUUCCACAAUGUUAACACUGAGCCGUUUAUACUCUUAUCACAGUGUUAUCACUGAGUCGUUUAUACCAUAAUUACAAUGUUAACCUUGAGUUGUUUAUACUCAUAUCGCAAUAUUAACAAUGAGUCGUUUAUACCCUUAUAACAAUGUAAAAAUGGAGGCGUUCAUACCCUGUUCACAAUUUAAACACUUGAGUCCUUUAUACCAGUAUCGAAAUGCUUACACCGAGUCGUCUAUACCCUUAUCACAAUGUUGAUACAAAGUCGUUUAUACUAUUUUCACAAUGUUAACACCGAGUCGUCUAUACCCUUAUCACAAUGUUGGUACCAUGUCGUUUGUACUCUUAUCACAAUGUUAACACAACGUCGUUUAAAUCCACAUCACAAUGUUAACAGCGAGUCGUUUAUACCCUUAUCACAAUGUUAACACCACGUCGUUAAUACUCUUACAACAAUGUUAACAGCGAGUCGUUUAAAUCCGUAUCACAAUGUAAACAGCGAGUCGUUUAUACUCUUGUCACAAUGUUAACACCUCGUCGUUUAUAUUCUUAUCACAAUGUUAACAACACGUCGCUUAUUCUCUUAUCACAAUGUUAACAGCGAGUCGUGUAAACCCUUAGCAUAAAGUAACUUAGGCGAUUCUACAUAGAGAAAGUAACAACAGGGUACGUUGAAGUCGAGGGAUGAUGAUUCGGGGGAACAGCCAGGAAAGGCCAGAGUUGACACCCGGUUCGAGGAAAGCGGCGUUUAUUGUAGCGGAAAGUGUAGUAGCUAGACACGUCACGUUUUUUGUGUCAUGGAUCAUUCAUUGAUAAAAAUAUGAAAGAAUUUUAAUUCGUAUGCCAUACAUAUAGAAGGGAGAUUUAGUGUCUUAAUUCCAACCCCGGGAUUCGGUGGUUUGUAGUAUUGACCUUGUUAUGUGCGGCGUGUGCGUUCCGGCGUGUGUAGGCCUGGGCCUAGUGUUUACAUGCCGCUUUCGCCAUGUUCGUGGAAAUUCAUGGAUAAUACAGUAAAAGUGUUACGUGUAGGUUAAUUCACCUAGUUGAUACUUUCUGAUGUUGGAAACAUCCAGACAUAAUUCCUUAUAUAUAUCGCCACUAAUUUGAUCACUGUGCGGACCCAAUCUGACGUCACCAAUCAGCGUUUCAGGUUUUUUGCGAAUGUCAGGACCCAUCUCGGGUCAAGCCUUUUGUAGUAUCUUACACUUCAAAUGAAUAUUCUUUUGUCAGCUUAUUAACAUUUUAUAAUGAUCCUUUGAAUUUAUAUGAAAACAAGCAUUUCUAUUGAGUGAAUUUAUUCCUACUGUCCAAAACAGAGUGCAUAGUCGCUACACGCGCCAUCUGUUAAGAACGUAAACAAAACACUGACUUUUGAGCUUGAAUUACGUUUUCUGGUGCUAUUUAAACUUAAACACUAACUGUCUGUAGACAAAAAUUGGUGCAUGGUUAUCUAUUCUAAGGCUACACCAUUGUUAUAACUGAUCUGUUAUCACAAUGUUAAAAUUGAGUCGUUUAUUCCAUUAUCACAAUGUAAACACUGAGUCAUUUACACCCUUAUCACAAUGCUUACUCCGAGUCGUUUAUACUCGGAUCACAAUGUUGACACCGAGUCGUUUAUACCUUUUUCACAAUAUUAACACCGACUCGUGUAUACCCGUAUCACAAUGUGAACGCUGAGUUGUUUAUAUCCUUAUCACAAUGUUGACACUGAGUCGUUUAUGCUCAUGUCACACUGUUAAGAUUGAGUCGUUUAUACCUUUAUCACAAUGUGAACACUGAGUCGUGUAUACCAUUACACAAUGUUAAACAUGAUUAGUCAUACUCUGAUCACAAUGCUAACAUUGAGUCGUUUAUACCCUUUUAACAAUAUUAACACUGAGUCGUUUAUACCCUGAUCACCAUGUUGACACCGAGUCGUUUAUACCCUUUUCACAAUAUUAACACCGACUCGUUUAUACCCGUAUCACAAGGUGAACACUGAGUUGUGUAUAUCCUUAUCACAAUGUUGACACUGAGUCGUUUAUACUCAUGUCACACUGUUAACAUUGAGUCGUUGAUACCUUUAUCACAAUGUGAACAGUGAGUCGUUUAUUCCUUUUAACAAUGUUAAACCUGAUUAGUCAUACUCUGAUCACAAUGCUAACAUUGAGUCGUUUAUACCCUUAUCACAAUGUAAACACCGAGUCGUUUUUACCCUUAUCACAAUGUAAACACUGGGUCGUUUAAAACCCUACAUUACGUAGUUGACUAUUAGUUGUUGAUUGCUGACUUCAGGAAGAAAUAUUCAAGCAGCUAGAGGAAAUACGUGACUAUGAAAAAGAUGAAGUGACGGCCUUACAAGAUCGGUAAAUAUUAUUAGGAGAAAGGUGACAUUUACCGAAACAUUUUGGGUAAUACCGAAUUAAAAGACUUAGUACAUUUGGCAAAGUAACUUGUUAGGGAAAGGGUUGUCACUAUCGGGUUUAAAAACCGCGGAAUCGAGCAAUUAUUCGAUUAUUUUGAUCGCUUAAGUGACCAUGGUGUUUUUCUCUGGUUUCUUUUUGGAAGAAUGUUACUUGAAGCAAAGAAUGUCCAUGGUUUUGUUUUAGUACAAAAUUUCUAUUUUCGAACUAUUGGAUAAAUCUGCUACCGUUAUAAAAAGCAUUGGUCUUAAAAAGAUAAUAAAAACCAUAACUACAAGAUAUCUGAAAUUUUGUUACAAUGUUUUCAGUGCAUGCAUUGACAGAUGCGUCUAAAUGUGCAUUAAUUUCAAAAUAUUUUGAUGUAUGGAUAUCCAUAAGUGCAGUGUCAUAAGCAAAUGAACGCAUGACCGCAACAUGACGUAUUUCAGGCCCAUUUAUAGGGGAAAGGGUGGAGGAAGUGGCAGAAAAGGGGAAAACCGAAGUAGAUAUAUGUGUUACACCUGCAAUGAAAUUAACGAACUAGGUUAUAUCACAUAGUGGACAAUUAUGUUCAGAAAACGACAAUACUAAAAUAAGCUACCGUUACUGGAUAUAAAACACGCUGUCAGGGGAUUUACGAUACAAAAGAUAUUUACGACGGGAUGAUUAAGUUCUGAACAAAUAUAAACAUUAAAACAUACAUUACUUGUACAAUAUAUACAACUAUUGUUCUGUGUAUCCGUUUAACCGCGUACAUUUUGCCCAAAAGUUUUUCGACUGCGGCUUUUUUGUGCCCAAACAUGACAACCCCAUUUCCUUAAAAUGCAGCAUUUGUGCGAAUUGUACGAGAACCUUAAAUUUGGUAUUACUAAUUAGUCUUAAGUGCAAAUGAUAAAUCAUAAUAUUAAUAGGUUUCACUGACAUUCGCUUAAUAACCAUUGUUCCCGCAAACUAGAACUAGCAUCUCAUAACCUUACCAAAGAUUGUGACAUGUUUUCAUGACGUCGGCAGCAAUACACGUUAAUGGAGCUUAACCGUGGCUUAUGUACAGGUCAGGCAGUUGUUGUUAUUGAACCGAUCACACGCUUAUGUAUUUUAGAAAUGCAUUUUAUAUCCGCUGGUGAAACUAACGAAUUCAAAUAUUUCUAAACCAUUCAUAGAAUAUGACUGCAUAUAUAAGGAAUAGCUAGCUAUUUUUGGUCAGAUUUUGAGGUGAUAACGCCAGUUGAGAACGAGUAAACCCAUAGACUGGAUUUAUCACCUCAAAAUCUGAUCAAAAAUACCUAGUUAUUCCUUUAAUAUACUUUUCUUAAGAAAUGUUAUAUCUUUUAUCAGAGAACACUAUACUAUAACGUUAUACGUUGAAGUACAAGUUUAGACAUACAAAAGAAUGUCUACCUUGAUCUAAAUGUAAUACACUACAUUAACAAUAAGUAUAUACUGUAAAUACGUAAGUUUCACGAAUGAUUAUUUUCUUGAUUGUGCCGUCAGUGACAUGUUUAGAUAGGUUUAAAUUUGCAAAAGAAACUCAACUUUUUAUUAAGUUGGAAGAGAUUUCUUUUUGCUAUUGAAUCCAAAAUAGAAAUAUCUCUAACUAUAAAAUAUCUGCGGUUAACGAUCCCCUUUUACAUAUCUUAUUAUGUGUAAGAAUGUAUUCAUGAACCUAUUGUUUCUAAUUGCUCUGUUACCAGGUUGAAGCUACAACAAGGAGAGGAAAAACAAAAAAAAAGACAACUAGUUCCAGUGCUUGGGACAGGCCUAUAGAACAUGCAGCUCGCAAUCUCAGUCUCGCUCGUAGUCAGGUUGUCGUCAAAUAUGCAAAUCCUGAGAAAAAAGGAAACGCUGUAUCAAGAAGAGAUAUCUCCGAUUUAUUACUGGACAUUGUUAAGGCUGUGUUUGACUUUGUCAGUGAAGAACAACGGGAACAAAUCAGAAAGAUUGCAGACCUUCUGCACGUUGAUGAACAAGAAAAGGGUAACAUCCUCAACCUUCAACGAACACUUGGAUACGCUAUCGAAAAGGCGUUAUAUCAGCGUGGAGCCUGAGCUAGGAUAUGCCAAAAGAUUGUUUCAUUAUCUCAACGCAGGAGAAAUUGAGCAAGUCUGUCCAACGGUUGCCAAUCUGACAUGGCGAAUUGGAAUGGAGGUAUUUUAUAAUCUGCUGUGUGUGCUUCUUACCUUGCUAUUGCGCUAUGCGCCGUCGGUCGGAAAAAUCGUCAAAGAGAAAUGGUCAGCCGCCGUGUCAAUGUUCCGAGAAUGGAGAUCUCGUCCUUCCCUCUGCCGUCACUGCGGUACUGCCCCGUGUCAGGUUAAAAGGAGAUCCUUGUGGAAGCCCUCCGGUACUCGUAAGGAGGACAAGGCGAAUUUCGCAAAAAGGUCAAACGCCAUGAUGUUGUUUUAUUAUGGACUAGAGUUGUCGGAGGUACUGACCAAAGAGCUGCCAUGGAAAGAGCUGUACUUGGAGAGGAAGUUCGUCCAGCAUUUUGAGGAGGAGCAUGUUGUAUUGUUCCCAGUGUGCAUCCAGCGUCAGAUCAACUACUGGUACCCUGUCACUCGCUAGAUUCGUUGCGCCGUUCAAAGAGCAGAAUGUGGAUGGCAGCCGGUGACGGAAUAGACGUUUGAUGUUUUGUAUUCGGGUCACGAUCCGAUCCGAUUGGAAUGGUGUGUGACCAAUGUUACAUAUAUUGUACCUUAUGUUUGUUUAAUUGAAUUGUAACUGUGCGGAUCUUGGCCACUAGUGGUCUCAUGAAGAACUGAACCGAUACCUGAUGAAUUGGCCAUUUAGAACUAAGCUAGUGUUGACCAGCAGUGGUCUGAUUGAUAAGUUUCGAUGGUGUUGAAUUGUCUGAUUGGUCAGUUGCUAACAUUUUUCUUUUGGCCAUUAUGUGAUUUGAGAAGUUGUGGAGCCGGAAUUUGACCAUGUAGCAUUUGUCAGUUUGAAGUCAGUUCACCAUGGCUGAAAGGAUUUUCAUGAAAAAAGUGUCUUGCGUUUGUUGAUCAAGUACAUGUCAGUUCUAUCAAUGUUGAUAUCGACCUGUAAUGGGCUACCGUAGAUGUUUCCAAAGUUGAUCUUUAGUUGUAAGCUGUAUUGAUAUAUAUAUAAAGGUCAGUUCAAACCACCAGUUGUUUCACGCUGAUUGCGGCUAUUUUUUCGGAAGGAAUUCAUUCUCUUGGAUUUUGACAGCUAGUGGUCCCUCCUAUAUUUAACAAGUGCUUGGUAUAUUCGCUAAUCAAAAUGAACUGAUUCUGCAAUGACCACUAAUUAUACAUUCAGUCAACCUGACCACCAGGUUCUGUAGAAUUACCAGCAUGCAAAGUUCUGUUCGUUUUGUAUUGGUCAGUUUUGUUCUGGCGAAUUCUAUGUAGUAACAUGCAAUCAUGGGAUCAAUAAAAUGUCCUAUAAUUGAUAUUCGUGUUCAUGUUAUAUUUUUGUAACCGUCGUUUCAAACAUGUCAUAGGUUCAUAAAAACGUAUGAAAUGGCCAACAUUGAAGUGAGACUGAACUUAUAUUACCGAUAUCCCGGCCUGUAUUCUUAAAACCGCUCUUGUGCUCAAGCAUGGAUUCUGUGCUCAAACAAACUCUAGAUCUGUUACUCGCUCAAAUAAUUUGACACGCUCGAAAAGACAAAUAUUAUCAUUGAAAUGAUGCUCAGCUUUAAGACACAAAAAUUCUUCGAAAUCGUUGACAAAAUGAUUAUUUUCCAUUGAUCACUGGAACAGGACAUUUUUC